AUGCAAACAUUCGGAACAAUUUUUCAUUUUCUAUCUUUUUUCACGCUUUUCCCGCUUUUUUUCAUCUUGGUCACAUUUCACACAUUUCCCAUUUAUUGCAUAUUUGUGAAUGCCAAAACAUUUUUUUCUUCUCCCCUUCUCUUUUUCAGCCAUUUGCUUUCAUACCCGUUGAAAAUUAGCCUCAUUAUUCGUGCCCCCUUUUCGUUCGUGAAAUCCAUUAUUCUUCGUUUUCGAAUGUGUCGUAGUUUUCUUCGGUUUUUUUCUUUUUGUUCAUACCUCUUCGUCUUGUUCACCAACUAUUUUUAA